ACAAUGAAGUCAGAAAAUGAUAAAGUAAACAAAUUUCUAUGGAAAUUUAUUGAAUUAUAAAUUAUUCAUAGUUGGUUUAUGAAAAUAAUAUUAACAUUGUGUGCAUUACUUUUGAUUGCACAACAAGCAUGGCGGACCAUGUGUCCACAUCGACUGCGGAACUUCUGAAGAAAUUUUCGAAGCAAGUCUUAUCUACCAGCACAAAAGAACGUACCGAAGUUGUAGAAAGUGUCGCAAAAUGUGUUGCAGAAACAGAUUUGCCAGAGCAAGCCUUGAAAGGAAUCUUCAAGUUUUUAUACCCAACAAUAUGUGUAUACAGAGAUCCACAUUCAUUACGGUCAGCUCGUAGACUUGUAACCGCUGCUGUAGAAAAGUAUCCAGCUAUAUCUAUCAAACUCUUGGCAGCAUGCCUGGGAACUUAUGCCGAAUCACAGAAAAAGAUUGCCAAUGCAAGUCGGACAUCAGCUGGGGACACGUUGGUAGCCCUUUCCUGGUCAUGUAUUGGUUUGAAAUAUGGAUUCAAGAAUGAUGUUGGAGAUGACCUGCUUAAAAGACUGGUUGAGGUGCAGCUUGGUAUUGUGUAUGGAGUACUAGCUGGACAAAAUACCACCAUCACUAAGUCAGCAUAUAGACAUCUCACCUCAGUCUGGAAACAGGGACCUGCUGUGGUUGAGAAGUAUGGGGCUUUCCUGGAGAAUUUGGAACACUCUAUGUACAGUAUUUGCCUUAUCAGUAUGCACAUGAAGUUUCUCUUUUCUAGUAAAAUGGAAGAAGUCCUGAAUUCACGAAAGGAAGUAUUUUUGGAGGCCUAUUUGAAGCAUGUUAUUGGCUGCCGCAGUAGACCACCUCUUGCUGUUCUUCUGGCAAGUGAUGACAUAUUACGGCACUGCAGUCACGCUACAUUCAAGGACAAGGUGUGGCCAGCAACACAGAAAGCUCUUCUACGUAACCCGGAAAUCAUUCUUCAAGCAUUUGGAUACAUGUUGGCAGGACUACAGUUAGAUCUCAGUCAGUAUGCCAUGGAGAUUGUGAAACCACUUGGAGUGCAGCUGACGUCAAAAGAUAGUUCAGUGAGAGAAGAAGCAUGCGGUGCUAUGUUAAAUCUUGCCACCCAGUGUAGUGACCAUGAGAUUGUAGAGAAAGUUACAAAACAUCUGUUUGCUGUACUCAAUGGAUCAGAAGGUAAAUUAUCCCUGACAGAACAGAAGGUCAGUGUACUACAAGCUGUAGGAAACAUGAGCAAGAAUACAGUUAGUGGCGCCCCCACACUGCAGAAUCUUAGUACAUCUAUAGUAGAACUCUUUAUUCCAGUAUUGUCAUCUGAAGUACAUGAAGGUACGUUGAUUCAUGCACUGUCAAUGAUGUCACAGUGGUGCAGUAAGUUUUACACUCAGGUACCUGACAAACUGAUGUUGUGGUUCAAGAAAGGAAUAACACUGAAAUCUUCCACAUCACCAGUAAGAAAUGCAUACAUUCUUUGUAUGAAUGCAUCUUUUCAUGGUGAUACACUUAUGCAAGGUGUUGACAUGAUACCAGUCUUGUUACAGUCUAUAGAGAAAGCUGUGAGCCAGUCUACACAGGUUGCCUUGGUAACAGAAGCUGUGUCUGCUGCAAAUAUUCUUAUUAAACUCUCAUUGGUGGAUAUUAACGCAGAGAGUAAACUCGGUCCCUUGUGGAAUGUGGUAUUGGACUGUGAUAAACAGAUACUAGUCAACGAGAAAUAUCUCAGCUCAGUUACAGAUUCAGCAUUGGAAGGUGUUGUCAGUUUGUCAGAAAAACUCAUUCUGGAGUUUCCCAGUAAAAUGACUGAAAAAAUAUCAAGACCCUAUUACAAGGCUAUAGUAUACUGUAUAACCAGGAAAUCGUAUGGUAUAAGAAAGUUCACCAUGAACAGUGUGAAGAGAAUACUAUCUUUGCUAGGUGGUACAGCUAUAGCUCUCUCUAUGAUACAAGUAUUUGAUGAGUUCCUACAAACACAAAAGGUGAUUGACGUAGACAUGUUGAAGUGUGAAGAUACAGAAAGAGAUUCUGUAUUAGAACAGAUGAAGUAUGUGUCGCCACGGAUAUUGUCAGCUGCCAUCUUUUCUCUCAGUGCUGUACCAAAACCAGAAGUAAAGGAUGCCGUGGCCAUUGCUAAAUCUGUACUAGUCACUGCACACCAUCCUUGUAUUGUGUCCUACAGUCCAGAUAGAUGGACGGACAUUUUGUUUGCCUUGAACCUUGAUGCGAGAAGUUUUGUAAAAAGUAACUGUGAUUUUUGUCUCAGUAUUGUUGAUUCAGACACAGAGUUGACAGAGAGCGUAUUAAAUGCUGUACAAACACUGGUCAGGAUUGCAUCAGAUGUUGUGUUGCCAGGUUUUGUUACCAAGAUAACCUUGUUGCUAGGCAACGAUGCCCUAGUUACAGUAACCAAGGACGAGUAUGGUGCUUAUCUAUGUAAUGAAGGGGAACUAUAUGACAAACACCUGGCAGAAAGUUUAAAGAUGAAUACUGUACAAAAUCAGAAUAUAAGGCGGGAGAACAAAUUAUAUUCCUACAAGGAACAAAUGGAGGAGAUGGAAUUAAGGAAGGAGCUAGAGAAAAAGAAAGGUAAACCAAAGGAGAAACCAAAAUUAACAAAGAAACAGGAGGAAGUGUUACAAGCCCAGCUACAGAAAGAAUCUGAGAUAAGGGCAAGACUCAUUGAGCUGAACAAGGAUCUAUGUAAAGGCUGUCAACUUCUUAGUUCUUUGAUAAAAGGAAAUGGUAUGGAUACAGGAUUAUAUAUGAAGGAGUUAUGUCGUCUGCUGGUUCCAUUACUGAGGUCACCUUUAGCUGCACCUCAGGCUUGUGUAGUGUUUGUUGAGCUGGGAGCAAGUGCCUUUGAUGAUGAGCAAUUUGGUACUUUACUCAGUAACUCUACACUGCGUCUUUUGAACCCGGACUAUGAAUGGGACACUGCAUGGUCACAAGAACCUGUCAGUAAACAGGCCACAAGGGUGAUAGAAAUUCUCUACUCGGAAUCUGUGUACGAGAGUUCAUCAUACGAGAGUGAGACAUCCGGGACACUAUAUCAUGCUACAAGCUUUGCGUUCAUGUACUAUUUCUUGAGUUGUGUAUUAGUGAAUAACGGGGAGGCUGUAGGGAAGGAUGAAAGUUUGAUGGGAAAGGUGUUGAAGUUGAUAGCUGGACACGCUCAAAUACGACAUUCUGAAAGCCGACCACAAAAUGGUCCAAGUUUAUUCCCAGUGAAAGAGUUACUACAAUUAUUGAUCCGUGUUAUUGGAGUAUCCACACCGAAGAUACAACAGUUAGCGGACAUGGCUCUUGUAGAAGUGGCGAAAUCUGUGAAUGGAGAUAAGGGAUGUGCUAAGAUAGGAAGUGACGAGAUUAAAGUACUCCUAGAUUCUUUAAAGUCAACUUGCACAGCAUCCAGGGAAGCUGCCUUACAGGCAUUACUGUGUUUGUCGAAUGUAUUACCCAACAUAGAUGAUAACUUUGAGCUAGGUUUAAUGAUAGCACAGAGAGUAUGGGUAGCUUGUUAUGAUGUGGAGACUGAUGUAAAAACUCUUGCAGAAAGUUUACGAGAUGAGCUAGAUAUUGAAGAGCCAUUUGAGGAUAUGUGUACCCCUCUGGUGGAUGAUGUCAUACAUCCUGAAGAAAUCGUGAGGAAAGCUGCGGCCCAAUGUCUCGCCAAAACACUGGAAUGUCAUACAGAAUAUAUAGAUGCCACCAUUGAACAGUUGCUGCGGAAGUAUGACGACAAGUUAGAGAUGCCACCACCAAUACUGGAUGAGUUUGGUCGUGCAAUAUCCACACAGCUGAUGGACGAGUGGCCAGCACGAACUGGGGUUGCCAUGGCACUAGGAUACAUAGCUCCUAUACUACCCCAGGAGCAGUUACUCCCCCUGUUCAAUUUCUACGUACCUAAGGGACUUGGUGACAGAAGUGCCGAGGUCAGAUCUCAGAUGAGGUCAGCGGCCCUCUCAACAAUCAAUGUUCAUGGAAAGGACAAUGUUGCCGUGUUACUACCCGUGUUUGAGGAGUUUCUCACGAGCGCGCCGGGCACAGCUGGGUACGAUGCUGUAAGACAGAGUAUCGUCAUUCUCAUGGGCUCCCUGGCCAAACAUUUAGAUAAAGAUAACCCGAAAGUAAAACCCAUUGUUGGUCAGCUUAUAGCUGCUUUAUCAACUCCAUCACAAGAGGUACAAGAGGCUGUAGCAAACUGCCUACCACCAUUAGUUCCAGCUGUUAAAUCUAACGCACCAGAACUCGUACAGAAAUUGAUGGACCUUCUACUAGAGUCGGAUAACUACGGGGAACGUAAGGGGGCAGCUUAUGGACUGGCUGGUCUUGUCAGAGGGCUGGGAAUUACUGCACUGAAACAACUUGAGAUUAUGACAACAUUGGAGGAUGCAGUGAAAGAUAAGAAAAAUCCCAGAAGGAGGGAAGGAGCAUUGUUUGCAUAUGAGAUGAUGUGUACGAUGUUGGGUAAACUGUUUGAACCAUAUGUUGUACAUAUUUUACCACAUCUAUUGCUCUGCUUCGGUGAUGCCAGUCAGUACGUGCGAGAGGCUGCUGACGAGACGGCAAAGGCAGUUAUGGCAAUGUUGACAGCUCAUGGUGUUAAACUUGUCCUACCAUCACUUCUCAAAGGUCUGGAAGAGGACUCGUGGAGAACCAAGGCUGUGCAUGGGGUUACUGGAUCUAUGGGUACUGUGCACCCAAAAUUGUCUGCAUUUUACCAAUAUUUACCCGGGAAUUCGAGGUUCUCACCAUCACACCCGUGUACAGAAAAUGUUCCAGGGUUCCGACAGAUCGGAAAUGUCUCAAAAGGAAAUCCUGAAAUUCAAGCAAUUGUACCCGUGUUACUGGAUGCAUUACAAGACCCAGCUAGGAAGACCAGUAUGUGUUUACAGAACCUGCUGGAGACAAAGUUCGUACAUUUUAUAGAUGCUCCAUCACUGGCUUUAAUCAUGCCUGUAGUAGAACGUGCCUUCCAGGACAGGGCAACAGAAACCAGGAAAAUGGCCGCACAGAUUAUUGGCAAUAUGUACUCUCUCACAGAUCAGAAGGAUUUAGACCCAUACAUAGACAAGGUUAUCCCAGGUUUGAAACAGUCUCUGCUGGACCCUGUACCAGAAGUUAGGGCUGUAUCAGCUCACGCCCUAGGUGCUAUGGUGAAAGGUAUGGGCGGUCAGAAGUUUGAUGAGCUGAUGAACUGGUUGAUGGAGACACUGAAGUCGGAAGGAAGCUCGGUGGACAGAUCUGGUGCUGCUCAAGGUCUCAGUGAAGUGUUGGGAGGAAUGGGUUUGGCUGACAUGCACAAAUUGAUGCCGCAGGUCAUACACACGGCAGAACGCACAGACAUCCCGCCUCACGUACGUGACGGCUACAUCAUGAUGUAUAUCUACCUGCCAUCUGUAUUCAAAGAAGAGUUCAAAGAAUAUGUAGGACCUAUAAUCCCAUCUAUUCUUCAGGCCCUGGCUGACGAGUCAGAGUAUGUACGAGAGACAGCAUUAAAGGCCGGUCAGAGAAUUAUCAACAUGUACGCUAACACGGCUAUAGAGUUAUUGUUACCGGAACUAGAGAAGGGAUUGUUUGAUGAUAACUGGAGAAUCCGGUACAGCUCGGUACAGCUACUGGGUGAUCUGUUGUAUAGUAUCUCAGGUGUGUCAGGUAAAAUGUCCACGGAGAGUGCAGGCGAGGAUGACAACUUCGGUACAGAAUCAUCCCAACAGCUUAUACACAAGAUCCUGGGCUCAGAAUGUCGCAAUCGUAUCUUAUCGGGACUUUAUAUGGGUCGGUCAGACUCCGCCCUCCUCGUACGACAGGCUGCAUUACACGUUUGGAAAGUUAUUGUGCCAAAUACACCCCGUACCUUACGAGAAAUUCUGUCUACAUUAUUUUCUCUUUUACUGGGUUGUUUGGCCAGCACUAGUCAUGAUAAAAGACAGGUUGCAGCUCGUACACUGGGUGACUUGGUACGUAAAUUAGGAGAGCGAGUGUUACCGGAGAUUAUACCUAUAUUGGAGCAUGGCUUGGACUCGGAACAGAGUGAUCAGAGACAGGGAGUGUGUAUCGGACUGAGGGAGAUAAUGUCUUCUACACAGAAAGAUCAUGUGAUGUUCUAUGCAGACAGUCUAAUACCGACCGUGAAGCGCGCCCUGGUGGAUCCUUUACCAGAAGUUCGAGAAGCAGCCGCCAGUACGUUUGAUGGUUUACAUACAAAUAUCGGACAGAGAGCUCUCGAUGAUAUUCUACCAGAUCUUCUUAAUAAAUUGGGAGAUGAUCCAGAAUUAUCAGAGAGAGCAUUAGACGGUCUUACACAAGUUAUGAUAGUUAAAAGUAGAGUAGUCCUGCCUUAUCUUGUCCCACAGUUGACAACACCUCCAGUUAAUACUCGAGCCCUAUCCUAUCUAGCAUCAGUAUCUGGCGAGGCCCUGACUAAACAUCUGCCUAGAAUUCUACCUGCUCUCAUGUCUGCACUCAGUGAGAAAGCAGGUACUGCGGAAGAACCUCAAGAGUUAGAGUAUUGUAAGAAUGUAGUGCUGUCAGUUGAAGAUGAUUUUGGGGUUCGUACCAUCAUGGAGGAGCUGCUGAGCGCGUCGGCAUCGAAGGAUCCUGACAGGUGCCGAGCCUCGCUCACCAUCCUACACGCGUUCUGUGAGAACACUAGGAUAGACUAUGAUGAGUUCCUGCCACAGUUGUUCCGUGGUCUGAUUGGUCAGUUUGUGAGGAAGGAGGAGCCAGUCUUGUUAGCAGCCUGGGAAUGUUUGAAUGCUGUUACUAAGAAAUUGAACACGACAGCUAUGUUAGAUCAGACACAGAAUCAUAUACAGAAUGUACGUCAGGCAAUAAGAUAUGCUGCGGCUGAUAUGAAAGGACAGGAAUUACCGGGCUUCAGUAUCCCCAAAAAGGGUAUAACACCGGUGUUGCCAAUCUUCAGAGAGGGAAUUUUAAACGGUUCUCAAGAUAUGAAGGAACAAGCCGCCAUUGCUCUCGGGGAGCUGAUUGAGAAAACAAGUGCCGAGGCUUUAAAACCGUCGGUAGUUAAUAUUACCGGUCCACUUAUUAGAAUUCUCGGUGACCGAUUUGCCUGGGGUGUAAAAACAGCCGUGUUAGAGACACUUACUCUCUUACUCUCAAAGGUAGGAGUGAUGCUAAAACCAUUUUUACCGCAACUCCAAACAACGUUUUUGAAAGCUUUGAAUGACCCAAACAGAGCUGUAAGACUGAAGGCAGCGGCAGCUUUAGGCAAACUUAUAGUGAUACAUACUAGGGUAGAUCCUUUAUUUACCGAGUUACAUACUGGCAUCAAAACAGCUGAAGAUAUCAGUGUCAGGGACACGAUGUUACAGGCAUUAAGGUUUUGUUUAAUGGGUGCUGGAGGGAAGAUGUCAGCAGUUAAUCGUAAACAACUGACGCCUACACUUACUGACAUGAUGGGAUGUACGGAUGACUCUACACGUAUGGUGGCAUCUGGGUGUGUCGGUGUACUGUGUUUGUCCCUGGCCGAUGAUGAACUUACAGAUUUAUUAUCUCAACAGUUACUUGAUACGAGCUCGUCUGUAGACUGGACGUUAAGACAUGGUAGAGGGACAGCGUUAAGUAUAGCAAUAAAAGAGGCACCAGACAAAAUAUGGACCGGAAGGUCGGAUAAUGUUAGAAAAACCGUAAUUAAUCUAACUGAAGCUGAUAGAAUACCUUUAUGUACAAGUGGAUACAGAUGCCUAGGUUAUUUAUUAAGCUAUCUUAUAAAACAAAAUGAAAUAGAGAAAGACCUUAUCACUUCACUAAUGAAGGGUUUAAAACAUGAUUCAAACGACAUAAAACAAAUGAUCGGACAGAUCGUGUCAUAUAUAAUGUCAAAAACAACGGAGGCGUUAGACCCUGGGGUAUGUAAAAUGAUGGUCUCACCACUGGUGAUGGGAACUAAGGAGAAGAACACUGUUGUACGAACUAACUCGGAACAUGCAUUAGUCUCUCUAUUACAACUUAGAAAAGGCGAUUCUUACUAUAAGACUGUGAUUGCGAUGUUAGACUCUGGAAUGCAGGACUCUGUGCAAGAAGUAAUGACAAAAUCGCUGAGAAAGAUCGCAAGUCAGCCAGAAUCCCCAACAGAUCAAAUGGACGACACUAUUCUUGUAUAGCAGGACCUUAAAUAUGACUUAGUACAUAAAUUAUUUGACAUUUAUAAAUAAAUUAUUUUAAUUAUCUUAUAGACAGAGAAAGAUUUCAUUCAAGUUCCAGAGUUUUUUCAGAUUCAAAUCUGUGGUUUGUGAUGGUGAUUUUUUUCACAAUUUGGAAUGUGUGUAAUUAUGCUGACUCUGAUAUUUGAAAAUAUUUGUUACUUUAUAUGUGAAAAAUGAAGGAUAAGUUUAUCGUUCAAAAAUACUUGAGAAUGAUUAAUGCUCAUUUACCAGUUUCAUGUAUACAAUAAAACAUUAAAAAUAGGCAAAGCAUUGAACAGUGGUCAUCUGAUUACACUAAAGAAACUAGCAUUGAACUAUCU